CCCCCCGCCCGCCAGUCUCCUGCUCUCCCCAGCAGAGGAGUAGGAAGAGCCUUCAGCCCAGCCAAGUGAACAACAAGCCUGCCACAGGGGGAAAUUGCACUGUGUGUGAAUGGAGCAGUGUGCGAGUACGGCCUCCCUGCUGGCCUCCGUGCGGGAGCAGGAGAGGCAGUUUGAGAUGCUGAGCCGAGCUCUGGAGGAGGAGCGGAGGUCGUGUGCCGGCACUUUGCCCCGCCCCCUCCCCAACAUGCAGAACGGCCGCCUUCCUUGUGAUGCAGAGAUAGAGAGGCUAACACUUAACGAGGGUUACGUCAACGGAACACAUCAUUUCAGGAUGGAGCCUGGUCAGAUGGUACAGGAGACAUACACAGUGGAGGAAGAGCCCCAGGAGUCCAACCCUGUGGUAUCUGUGGAGACCAAUGAGGAUGGCACCACAAGACGCACAGAAACCACGGUAAAAAAAGUAGUAAAGACCACUACCACACGCACAGUCAUCCCCUCAGUAUCCGACACACUUUCCUUGGAUGGCGGGGGUUCUGUGACGGGUAUUGGAGCCUACAUCACACCCAUGGACCGUGGCUACAGGCAGGCACCUGGAGUAGGUGUACCCAUGGAAUACCCCAUCCACACUGUGCCCCGCAACUACCAAUAUGGACCUCCGGGUGGCUAUGAGGACUAUCGUGCUGGACCCCCAUCUGAAUCAUACGCAAGCCUCAACAGGGGUGCUCGCAUGGAGGAUCGCUAUAGACCAGUCCAUCCAGAUGGUUAUCGAACUCUGGAUCCAAGCUACAGAGCACCCAGCAGGAACCAGCUAGACCCUUAUGCUGCUCAGCCACAGGUUGGCCGAAUGGGAAGUGCAAUGGAGCUCUCCUCAAUCCCGCGGUUUGUUCCAGAGCCAUAUGGACUGGAAGAUGAUCGGCGAAGCAUGGGUUAUGAUGAACCUGACUAUGGCAUGGGACAUCCAGUGCACUACAGCACUGUGCCCCGUAACCACCAUGGCUUUCCCCAAGGGCCACCACGUAGGACUGGGAGUUACGAGGGCACUCUGGAUGGUGAUAUGAGUGGUCCAGGGGACUUGUACUAUUGGGGAGGAGGUGCCCCUAUGGCACAGGGUGAAAGAGGAAGCAUGGCUUCAUUGGACAGCACUCUGAGGAAAGGCCCAGGUCCAGGUGGCUGGCGUCAGCCAGAGCUGCCAGAGGUUGUUGCCAUGCUCAACUACAGGCUGGAUCCAGUCAGGAGCAAUGCUGCUGCAUACUUGCAGCAUCUCACUUACAAGAAUGAUAAAGUGAAGUCAGAGGUUCGACGAUUGAAAGGGAUCCCAGCGCUCGUUUCUAUGCUUGACAACCCAAAUAAAGAGGUUCACUACGCAGCCUGUGGAGCGUUAAAGAACAUUUCGUAUGGUAAAGAUCCUGACAACAAAAUUGCCAUCAAGAACUGUGACGGAGUGCCUGCCUUAAUUAGGCUUCUGAGGAAGACCCAUGACCAGGACCUUACUGACUUAAUAACAGGGACACUUUGGAACCUGUCAUCUCAUGACUCGGUAAAAAUGGAGAUUGUGGACCACGCAUUACACGCCCUCUCCGAUGAAGUGAUAGUGCCUCAUUCAGGCUGGGAACGUGGGAGCAAUGGUGGAGGAGGGGAGGAAAACUGUAAGCCCAGACACCUGGAGUGGGAGACAGCUCUCACCAACACAGCGGGCUGCCUGAGAAAUGUGAGUUCGGAGCGAAGUGAAGCAAGGCGGAAGCUGAGGGAGUGCACAGGAUUGGUGGAUUCUCUCAUGUACAUCGUCCAGUCCCAGAUUGACUGUAAAGAUGUUGACAAUAAGCUCAUAGAGAACAGUGUGUGUCUGUUGAGAAACCUAUCCUAUCACGUGCAUCGUGAAAUCCCAGGGUGUGAGCGGUACCAAGAAGCUGCACCUGUUAACCAGGGCCCGGCCCCGUCCAGCCAGAAGGGCGGCUGUUUUAGCUCACGCAAGAGUAAAGAUGAGUGGUUUUCCAAAGGAAAGAAAGAUGAGGAUCCAGCUGCAGACAUAAUAGACAUUCCAAAGAGGACCACACCUGCAAAAGGCUAUGAGCUGUUGUUCCAACCAGAGGUGGUCCGCAUCUAUACCUCUCUGCUCAAGGAGUCUAAGAACCCCACCGUGUUGGAGGCCUCAGCAGGAGCUGUUCAGAAUUUGUGCGCUGGACGCUGGACGUAUGGGCGGUAUAUCCGUGCCCUGCUACGCCAGGAGAAAGGUCUGCCCAUGAUGACUGAACUACUGGCUCACGGCAAUGACAGAGUGGUUCGAGCAAUGUCAGGAGCCCUACGCAACCUGGCGAUUGAUGCUCGUAACAGAGACCUACUGGGUAAGCACGCAGUGCCUCACCUAGUGGCGAACCUUCCUGGUGGCGGUCAGAGUCAGCCCGUGCGAGCGCUGUCAGAAGAAACAGUGGUGUCUGUGUUGAGCACGCUUCAUGAGGUGCUGGGCUCUAGCUUGGAGGCUGCAAAGACUCUCAGGGCCUCACAAGGAAUUGAGAGGCUAGUCCUCAUCAAUAAGGACGGCAAUCGUUCAGAGAGGGAAGUGCGUGGAGCUGGGCUGGUACUGCAGACUGUAUGGGCCUACAAGGAGCUGCGGCGCACUUUGGAGAAGGAUGGAUGGAAAAAAACAGACUUCAUGGUGAACCUUAACCCUCCCAGCAGCAACACGAGGACCAAUGGAGGAUAUGAGGACAGCACUGUGCCUCUCAUAGGUGACAAAGGUGAACGAGAAAUUAUUCCAAUGAAUGACAUGGGACCAGACGCCUACUCCACACUGGACCAGCGAGGGAGAAGGAACACUCUGGACAAUACAAUCGAACCCGAUGAUAAAGAUGUAGUGCAGAAAAACUGAUAGUGUGCAUUACAAAGCGACAUCCUCCCGGCCACUGCCCUUGCUGAACUGACAAAGAGGGACCAGAACACUACCAAGGGGACAAGCCACCACCAUUUUCUUACUCUCCUCUGUCCUCUUCAUGCUUUUGCAGCACAUCUUCAUGACAUUCCUUCUUUUUGCAGCUGACAAGCCAAUGAAACACCCAAAAAACUGGAAAAGUGAUGUGGCUCUAUGACAACAAGAUUGUGACACUUUGACCACUUUUUACUCUCGAAGUCCCUACACUACACAACGAGAAUGAGUCAGAUACUCUGAUAAAGACCCUUCUACCCUACAUCUCUGCUUACCGACACUACAACUUGCCUGGAAAACACUAAUGCUCUAUUUCAGGUCUGACAGUUGGGAUUGGAACAUGACGUUUGGGGGAAAUUGUACAUGAAUUUGUUUAAAAGAAAUUUAGGGGUUGUGUAAUUCCCCCCCCCCCCCCCCCCCCCCCUUUUAAUGGGUGUGGACUACAGAAAGAUUUGUUACCAUUGAGAAACUGUUGAUUGAGUGACUCUGAUACAUGGAUUUGUGUUUUGUAGUGGUUAUUCCUGUUUUUGCUUUGUGCUGUAUGACGUAUACAUGUGCCAAAUGACAAUGCCGCCACUAUAACUGCCAUUGCUGAAUUCUCCUUUUAACAACUUUGAUGAAGCAGUCAUCAGCUUUUUGUACAAAGUUUUUCUUUGUGAAAGUCCAUCCCUUGGAAGCAGGGGCAUUCUACAGUUUCUGUAUUUGAUAUCAAUAUACAUGGGUGUAGGUUUUGACUUUGGGGUAUCCUAUGAAAGAUUAUGAAAAUCUUCACCUGUGUUGUCUGAUAUAUCAUGCUAGCUACCGCAAAUCCCUUACAUUUGUAAUUCAUCAGAGGCAAUUUCUUUUAUUUGCAAAGUCCAUAAUCUGAAUGUGUAAUACAGUACUGUUUUUAACAGUGAUUGUGUGGGCCAACUGGAGUGCCUUGAAUACUCAGGACAGGUAUGAUGGGUGUGUCAAACCAUAAUGUGGCUAGUCUAUCACUGUCUCACGAUAUGGAAUGCUGGCGUUUUGUCUUCUCCCAGUUAAUGGAAUACAUCUGUUUUUGAGUAAGCGUUGAUUUUUGUUAAAUGUGGUUCGAAAACAAGAUUCUUGUGUUCUGUAUAUGUGCGCCACAAACACAUAGCCUACCUGCCUUGUAAGUCGACAGAACACCACAUGCGAGAAGAAAGUUGUCUUUUUUUUGCCCACAUUUUCAAGUUCUGUGCGUAUUCUGUAGAGGACAACACACACUAGUGCAAAGUAAGAUGUAGAUAAUAAUGAAAAAAAAAAGCACGAGGUGAUGUUUCCUUUUGCUUCAGUUUUUCCUUGCCAACUGCCGAAUUUUCAAGUUGCCUUGAAUAGUGGACUGACAAAAAGAAUGGUAAAUUGGAAGGGAUUGUGUUGGUUUCUCUUAGGAGGCAUAGACCAGAAAUUUCCUGUUAGAUGGAGGACGGAGAAAAAAAAAAUAAAAAUAAGUUAAAGCACAUUUAUACGACACACACACACACACACACACACACACGAGAAUAUUUGUUAAUUUUAUGGCUAUGUAUUUUUUUUAUAUUGAUUUGGGUUUAAUUGUUUUGGGUGCAUUGGUGAACGCAUAUGCAAUCAGUUUUUGUUAGAUUGAAAACAUUUGUCUUAAUUAGAAGCUUAAGAAAGAUCCGACUUCUACUAUUGGAACCUUAACAUUGAAAACUGAUUAUGGACGACACCUUAAUAUCUGCCUUGGCUCUUAAAGUUGCACAUUUAUGAAUGACUUACUAGCUAAUGUUGUUUUUAAUAAAAAAGAUGAUUUUUG